GUUGGGGUGUAGCUGCUGCUCGGUGGGGACUGUCUUAGGAUUUUCGUAGCUCCACACGGUCUCUCUCUCUCUCUCUCUCUCUCUCCUUCUGUCUCAGAGAGUGUGUGUGUGUCUCUCCCUCACUCUCUGUGACUUUAAUGGCUGCUACAGAGUUUAAUAAGCCUCCACCACUCCCUCCUUAUCCUGAGGUGAUUAUAGCGGCAGUGGACGCAUUGAGGGAGCCCAAUGGGUCCAACAAGACAUCAAUCUCGAAGUACAUAGAAUCCAAGUAUGGAGAGUUACCAGCAGGUCACUCCCAGCUCCUGUCGCACCACCUCAACCGGAUGAAAGAGAGCGGGGAGCUCGUCUUCUGGAAGAACAACUACACGAUACCCGACCCCAACGCGCCGCCCCGCCGCGGCCGUGGCCGGCCGCCGAAGCCCAAGGAGCCCGUACCCGCCCCAGCCGCCCCGGCCCCGGCGAGGCCUCGGGGCCGCCCUCCGAAGGACCCGAGCGUGCCGAAGCCGGUGAAGCCCAAGGUCUCCACGGGCAGCGGGAGGCCGAGGGGUCGGCCGAGGAAGAUGGCAAAACCGACCGGAGGGUUGGGUGGAUUGACGGAGGCGACGGUGUCUGCUGCAGGGACCAGGAGGCCGAGGGGCAGGCCCCCGAAGGUGAAGGCGCCGCUGACUGAAGUGAGUGUAGAAAAUUAGGAUAUGAGACAGUUUGCUCUGUGGGUUUCUUAUGUCUGUUCAGGUCUUCUCUAGAGUUGGUCUUGGCAUUAGGCAGUUGACUAAUUUGUCUGUGUAACUCCAAUGUGCAAUGUUGAUGUGGUUUAGGUUAGUAGCAGUAAUGACAAUCGGGGAAGUCUAUUUCCACGGUCUGAUUUGUAACUCUGUAGUUCUCUGGUGUUAUCGUAGGAUGUUCACUUUUGUUUUGCUCGUCUAGUGGGAUUGUUCUUGUCCAA